UGACGCCUCCUUUCUGAGACAAGCCCCGCCUCUACCCCUCCCGGGGGGCGUGGCUCCGUCUCCCUCCCUGCUUCUUUGGGGCCUUGAGAGGCUGGUAGCCCUGGAAGAUCCCGGAAGCCGCUGCCUAGCUUAGGGUGGAAUACUGAAGCAACGGAUGGAGAAAUAAAGGCAAACAGGGUUGAAGUGCAUUGCCCAGGGGCACAAAGCUAGAGAAAUGGCCCCCAAAAAACAAGAGAAAGCCAAACUUCCUGUUCCCCUUCCAGAAGGCAUGAUUCUGAAAGACACAGAAAGAAAAACAUGGCAGCUGGGUAAAAUGAUUGGAUCUGGAGGUUUUGGAUUAAUAUAUUUAGCUUCUCCAUAUCUUAAUAAAGAAGUCCGAGAUGAAGAUGCUCUUUAUGUUAUAAAAGUGGAAUAUCAAGAAAAUGGUCCACUCUUUUCAGAAUUGAAAUUUUAUCAGAGAGCUGCAAAGCAAGACUGUAUCAAAAGAUGGUUGGCAUUCAAACAACUUGAUUUUUUAGGAAUUCCUCGGUUCUGGGGGUCAGGUUUGGCUGAACACAAUGGAAAAAGCUACAGAUUCAUGGUUAUGGAAAGACUAGGAGUGGACUUACAGAAGAUCUUUGUCCAGCGAGGCAGGUUUCAAAGGGAAACUGUCCUACAGUUGGGCGUGCGAAUGUUAGAUGUAUUGGAAUAUAUACAUGAAAAUGAAUAUGUGCAUGGCGAUAUUAAAGCAGCAAAUCUACUCCUGGGCUAUAGAAAUCCCCAUCAGGUUUAUCUUGCAGAUUAUGGACUUUCCUACAGAUAUUGUCCCAAUGGGAACCACAAACAGUAUCAGGAAAAUCCUAGAAAGGGCCAUAAUGGGACAGUAGAGUUUACCAGCUUAGAUGCCCACAAGGGAGUAGCCCCAUCUAGACGAGGCGACCUUGAAAUCCUCGGCUACUGCAUGCUGCAAUGGCUUUGUGGGAAACUGCCCUGGGAACAGAACCUGAGAGACCCCGUGGCCGUCCAGACUGCUAAAACAAAUCUUCUAGAUGAGCUUCCCAAUUCAGUGAUGAAGUGGAAUCCUUCUGGAAACAGCUGCUGUGAAAUUGCCCAGUUUUUGGCAUAUGCCAAUGGUUUAGCAUAUGAUGAAAAGCCCAAGUAUGAAAUACUAAAGAAAAUUCUGUUGGAUGGAUUAGAAUCAAGUGGAAUACUCCACAAAGGGCUCCUGGAAUUUUCCACUGCUGGACAUAUCAGGAGUUCAGAAGCUUCUUCUAAAAAGCAAAAAGUUAAUGCACAGAAGCCUGUCACAGAACAAAUCAACCGAGUUCAAAAUAAGUUAAAAGAUGAGAGAAUUGCUGGGUCUCAUGUAAUUCAGAGACAAGCACAAAAAGAGGAGAAACUGGAUGGAUUGAUUAACAGUGAAAGAACUCAGGCGGGUGUCUGCACUGACCGACUCGGAGGGUGUCACACUGGAAAGCACAGUGAGAAGAAACAAAUAUCAGCACCAUCAAGAAUUUUUGUCAGGGGUAAAAGAGCUCCCCAGUAAAACCAGCUCUGAGGAUUUUUCAAGCUCAUUUUGUGGACGACAUCAAGAUUUUCCCAGCCUGAGCAUAUCCAGGAAACGCUCAUCUUCUUAUUCCUAUGACAUGCCCACUCACCUCAAUGCCAAGGUUACGAACUUCAAAAAAUAUCAAACAACAGGGUUUUGGUCCACUAUUUCCCAGCUUACACUCAGUGAAGAGACCAAGGCAGAUGUUUUCCAUUAUGGUUUAACCAUAUUUUUUCUUUUGAUUUUAGUAGUUCUUUCUUUGUAUUUUCUUUGAAGAUAGCAGCUUAAAUUCCUUCUGGUUAUUUUCUUAAUUUCUUCUUCUUUACUGAAGAAAUGUUUCAAGUUCUUGUUUCAGGGUUUCCUUCCAGACAUUUUCAAUGUAAUUGGCUUGGAAGAGGGAGAAUACUUUUUAAGUACGUAAGAACGUGAAAAAAUAAAACCUCUGAAUCAUAGAAA